GUUUUUGGGCGGGCUUUUUUUGAUAGCGUAAGUGAAAAAGCUUUAGCUCAGCUACAAUGGCGGUUUCUAUGUUCAUAGCUGCUAACAGCACUGUAAAGUUAAACUUUCCAACUGUAACAAAGGUGGAUAACCUGCACAUUGAAUCCUUCCGUGGUUUCUUAAAGCCUGUGCGUUGUAAUGCGGUAGAACAACAGGUUGAGUCAGGAAUCUUGUGUGAACCUUGCAGUGGCACUGGAUGGUUGCUUUGUGAUUUUUGUAAAGGGCAGAAAACCAAUGUGAAAUCUGAGACUAACAAAAUUUUCCGUCGGUGUCCAUCAUGUAGAGCUGUGGGGUACAUAUUGUGCUCAAAAUGCAAAGUUUUCAAAUGCGUAACCUUCCCAAAUGAUGAAGAUGGUAUGGUCCUCAGCUUUUGAAUUUGCAAGUUCAUCUCAUUUGUAUUUAGAAUAUUCAUUCCGACCAUUCAUAGAUAAAUUUUAUUGAUUAGAGUUGCUUAUAUAAAUUUAACUGAUAUUUGUAUUCUAAGAUGAUCAAUAUAAAGAGAAAAAGAAAGUUCUGAAGUUA